UAAUUUGUCGUUACUUGAAUUACAAUAAAAAUUGUGACUAUCUCUGUUUCUCUCUCUAGCAUAUAACCUCUAACUUUACUUGCAUCCGCUGCAUCUCAUUAAAGUCAAACACACCAAAAAAAAACCCAAAUGUUAAUUUACAACGUAAUAACGUUGGAAAUUUUUCUUUUUACAUAACGUUAAAAUAUUACUAUCAGAAUAUCAAAAAUACGAAUAUUGUUAGUAUUUUAAAUUAUUAAUGCAGGACUUUAGCAUCCGGGAAGUGACCCAACUGACCCGAACAGUCAGUAGUGACGAUUGUGGUUGUCUUUCAACAAAUAUGAAGGGAUCAAUUUUCAUUGACGAAGAAACUGGAGAAUGCUUCGAUAUUGAUGAACGUCAUCUACAGGUGUCAAACAACGUGGAAACUGGUGAACCUGAGAUCGACGUUCACACAAGACGUAUACGUCGAAAAGUGCCUUUCCAAAUUCCUAAAGAUAUUCAAAAAUCAAUUUCAAAGAAGAAAAAAUAUGAUAAAUUCAUGGAUAUCGAUUCAAUUCCGGAUGGUGAAACAUUUUGCAGGAUAAAUCCUGUUUGUCUUUUUUUACCAGCAAUAAUUUACUUCAGAUGGUUUGUUACUGCAUUGUUUUUAAUGGAAGUGAUUCUUCACGUUUAUUCACAUCGUAAAAACAAAAUUUUAAAGAAUUCCAAUGUUUAUUAUCAAUCUCCAUUUCAUGGAAUUUCAUCAGAAUUUUGCGCUCUCUGUCAAAGUGAAACAUGCAUGAAUCGAGUUGAUAAAAUGCAACAAGCAAGAAUGCAUCGAUUUUUAAAACAAUGCAAUUACAUGAAAAGAAUUGUCACGUGAUUAAAAUUUCACGUUUAUUUCUCUUAUAAAUUCAAAGAUCUCGUAAAAUUUAAUGCGAAAAUUAUUGAAUUUCUUUUCUAUUUUAAUUAAAAACUAUUUUUCACGAGAUCUUUAAUUUUUUUUUUUUUUUAUUCACAAGGUUUCAAAUUAACAAAACAUUGUGAUUUAUUUUAUAUUAUAAUCUUGAAAUAUUAGAAGCAACGAUGACACAAAAAAAAUGAAAUUAACUACUUAAUUUAAGAAACGAAGCUCAAAUUUACAAUCGUAGUGAUCACAAUUCCUCUAUUAUUAGAAGUUGACAAUUAAAAAUUAACAACAAAUAAAAAUUAAUUUUCGUAGAUAUUUUAAAAAACGACAAAUCAAAAUUAUUAUUUUAAGUCAAAAAAUUUUUUUGUUAAUUUUUCUUAUUUCAGAGUGUAAAUAAAUUGACUAUUAUUAAAA